AUGUCCUCGUACCAGCCCACCUCCAAACCGUCUUCGCGACGCCAAGUCAACAGCUCAGAAUCGAGCGAGGCCUCACAGGCAUCAUCUUCACAGUAUAGCUGGGGCUCCAGCACCGGUUCCUCUAACCUCUCCCCUGGAGACGCUCUCUCCGAGUCGGUGGACCCCACUAUCCACCCUACCACCCUCAUACACGCCCAUCGGCUGGACGCGCCAGCCAAGUUGGAGGAUUUGGCCCAGAAGAUCUCGCUGAUCAAGGAACUGCUCGAUCAACGGCUCCCCCCACUCUCCACUCCAGUCAGCCAGUACCUGCUUGUGGUCCACAUCCCCAAGCCUCUGUUUUCAGAUAUUGAGAGCCAGCCGAAUAUCUUCAAAGGUGUCCGUGCGACCCUUUUCCCCAACCGCCAUCAAGUUCUGUAUAAGAUCAUGCCCGACGAACAACACGACCAAAUCAUUGCGUUUUUUCACGACGGUCUUGGCAAGAAGCUUGGAGACAUGGGGUUGAGCUCAUUCGGUGGGGAUUUUUUGUUCCGCAAUUCCACACGAACCCGUGGCCUUUCUAAUAGCAAGGAGCCAGACCUCUGGUUUGGACCAUACAAUGUCAAUGUGAAUGGGGGUGGUCGGGGAAGAUAUCCAUCACUUGUCCUUGAAGUGGGGUUCUCGGAAUCGAGCUCCCAGCUCCGCAACGAUGCCCAUUGGUGGUUCACCAACUCCAGUGAGCAAACCCGGUUGGUUGUCCUAAUCCAUGCCAACAGGGGCAGCUCCAGUGGGGACAACUCGAGUCCCUGGGCUGUGGAUAUUGAGGUCUGGACUGAGGUUCCGAAUCCCAGCAGUCACCAAACCCGCGACCGCCCUACAAACUCCCUCAAGUGCACCCAAAGUGCACGGGUUAAGGAUGGCAGUGUGACUGGCGCCCCCUUGAUCCUUGAUUUUGAGACAUUGAUGCGCCGCCCUCCAGUCAACCCUCUAGAGGGCAACGUGGUCCUGGACGCAGGGUGGAUUCGGAUAGUCUGUGCUGAGGUAGGGCCUUAA